AGUGGUUCAUUCMAACAUAAAGGAUGUGACUUUGCAUAGGCUAUAAAUUAUUCUGAAGUAUUUGCCGUAUAAUAUUCSGCUACGUUAUCGUUCAAUUUGCUUAUAAGUUGAUCGUAUUUUAUGGCUACAGCCUAUCUUCAGAAUGGUCCGUCGAGGAGGCAAACCGGCGAACCCUUCGAUAUGGCGUGCAAGGUUAUGCUAUUAGGAGACUCUGGUGUUGGAAAAACAUGUCUAUUAGUUAGAUUCAAAGACGGAGCCUUUUUAUCUGGUUCGUUCAUAUCAACAGUUGGAAUUGAUUACAAGAAUAAAAUAGUGGAACUUGAAGGAUCAAAAAUAAAACUGCAGAUCUGGGAUACAGCUGGUCAAGAAAGAUUUCGAAGUAUAACUCAUGCUUAUUACCGCGAUUCACAUGCUCUGCUUCUGUUAUAUGAUGUAACUAAUGAGUCUUCAUUUGAAAAUAUUAGGGCAUGGCUAGCUGAAAUAUAUGAAUAUGCCUCACAAGAUGUGAUUAUAAUGCUAUUAGGAAAUAAGGCUGAUCUUAGCAAACAGAGAGCUGUAACAAGAGAGCAGGGGGAAAAACUUGCAAAGGAUCACAAUGUUGCCUUCAUGGAGACAAGUGCAAAAACAGGACUCAAUGUUGAUUUAGCAUUUAUGGCUAUUGCAAGGGAUAUCAAAUACAGAAGAAGCAGUAAYGCAGCUGAUCCACAGUUCAAUCUUGAGCAAUACGUAGAAUUACAGCGUGAAAAACCUAAUUGUUGCUCAUAGCAAUGACUGAGCUAAAUGAAUACAAAUGGUUCCUUUGCAAGUUCUGUUUUGCUGAAUAUUAGCCUCAUAUGCCAGGAGAUUYCCAGGAAGUUGGGACAACAAGAUGACGUUAUAAAUUGUUGUAUUUUAAAUUAAAAGAAAUUGCUUGAAGACUUGA